AUGGCUAAUCGUGAUGAUGAACAUCGAAUUUUCGAACACUUUGUGAUUGCUGGACUGGAUAAGUCAUCCCUUGAGCAACUCUCCCCUUCCUCACAAGAAUGCGGAUGUCGGAACAUCCAGCCAUUAGCUCCAAUCACUGAUAUAUGUGUUAUAUUUCCGUCAUUAGGGGAAACAAUGCCGGAAGGCUUCGAAAUCAUAUCGACGACACCUUUGGGAUAUCCUGCUGAUUUGAACCAUGGUUCUAUAAGGAUUCCAAGUGUAUUCAUAGGAUUUCGAAGAGGAUAUCAUAAGCCACCAAUAGUGGAUAUAGGAAUAUUAGAUCUAGGCCGUGGUGAGAAAGCUAUGGUUGACACAAAUGUUCUUCAAACAACUCCUUUUGGAAGGCCUGCCAAUGUAAAUAAUGCUGCCCAGGGUAUUUUUCUCACAUAUCGUCGUGCUCACCAGAAUAGUACUCCUAGUCAAUUUGUGGUCACUAACAUCGUUGUCCUAUUAGCCAACAAGGGAGAAGUCCCACCUCACACUUACUAUAAAAUCUCCAAAAACCUGAACAAGGGAAUGGUAGGGUCAGAUGUAUACAUUUGCUAUAAAAAAACUCAAGGAACUUCCAAAAGACUCGCCUAUAAACCAACAGUUCUCGAUUCCUUUCCUUUACGUGUUAAUGAAGAUGAACAGUUCCGACUUGCUCAAAACGUUCCGCUAUUUUGCUUACCAAUGGGAGCUGUGAUUGAAUGCUGGCCUUCAAACUGCCAAGCUCCUGAAAGAUCUUUCACUACAUUUGUUCUAACUGAUGAGAAUGGUACGAAAUUUUAUGGAGCUGCUGUGUCAUUUUAUGAAAAGUACACGGACAAACUAACCGACGAGCAGCUUGAGCAACUGGAGUUGACUCCUGGUGAUAGUUUGGGCGGUGUUGCUGAUGAUUCUUCGAGUAAUAACGACCCUGCGGAUCAGAUCGAAUUCCAUACCAAUAUAGCCAUUUGCUUGAUUUCUCGUUACCCCUUCUUUCAUUCUUUUAAACGCUUCCUUUAUUAUAUUCACAGAAUCAGUCAGAGGUUGACCGAAACAACAGUUCCUAUCGAGCGUUACUUAUCACAUUUGAGAUAUGAAGUAUCCUUCCCAACACCUCGUCGACCUAUGGUAGUUGUAGAGUUAGGAAAUGAAACAAUAAGUUUUGAAUCACAGGACGAUUGUCAGCUUCCGUUGAAUGGAGCUCAGUUGUAUGAAACACUCAGAAGCUUAGGAUCGGAAAAUCUCAUGUAUCUGAUGUUGCUUGCCUUGUUGGAGCAAAAAAUUCUAGUUCAUUCCUUGAGAUCAUGGAUGCUCACUGCUGUAGCUGAGUCUAUUCGAGCUUUGAUGUUUCCUUUUCACUGGCAGUGUCCCUAUGUCCCUCAAUGUCCGUUAGGCCUUGCCGGCGUUUUGCAUGCGCCUCUUCCAUUUAUAGCUGGAGUAGAUUCGAGAUAUUUCGAGCUUUACGAGGAUCCGCCAGAAGAUGUCACUUGUUUUGAUCUGGAUACUUGUACUAUCAGCGGGUCUAAAGUUCGUCAUUCUAUCAAGUUAUCGAUGCUUCCUAAAAAGGCUACCAAACAGCUUCGUAACACUCUCGACGAGUUAUAUAGAAAAAUUUGCACAAAACCAGCAGGUGUUAACAAGCGAAGCGACUUUUUGCCCCUCGACGAAGAGCAACAAAUUCAUCGCAGAAGAAAGGAGAUCGAAACGGAAAUUCAGGAUGCUUUCUUGAGGUUCACUGCUAAUCUAAUGAAAGGGUAUCAGGCCCAUCUCCGUCCAAUCAAAAGUGCUUCGGCUACUGUAAACGCCACCGAUACAGGGAAUUUGUUUAAUGUAGAGGAGUUCAUCAAAUCUCGAGACAAAACAAGUGAGCCUUUCUUCAGGAGAUUCUGUGAAACACAGUCGUUUAUACGGUUCAUAGAAGAAAGAAGUUUUGUAUCUGACAAAAACACUUUCAACGCCUUCUUUGAUGAUUGUAUUAACAAAAUAAUUGAUGAAACUCAAGUUGUUCCAUUGUUGGAAGCUGACACUUCGUCCUCGGAAAAACAUCCCAACGUUUUCAUAGCUCCUCCUGAGCCAUUUUUGGAUCCAGAAACUGGAAAAGAGAGAUUGUUCAAAUAUAGUGGUUUUCCAAGACAAUUGAAUACAGAUCUUUUCCAAUUGGACACUCUGAAUGUAAACGAGAAGAAUGAAUCGGAAAAGGUUCCGAUGCAACAUGAACAAGCUCGAUGUUCUGCCGUGAGAACGAAGCCAGAGGCUAGAUCGUCAAACUUAGCUGGAACCAGUGCUGUGCGAUCAAAUCCACUUCAUUGGCCAAAAAUUUUGCUGUUCUAUUCAUAUUCGUUAUGGUUCAUGCAACUGCCGAGUCUGAUUUCCGUCGCCCCAAAUAAGAAGAAGAUACUACGAUUAGCUUUCCAUGUGCUAGACCGAAUCGAGCAGUCCGGAAUUCAGCUCUUAGAUCAAGUUUGUUAUCGUAUUCUAAUAGAACUCUGUGGAGAAUAUGAAGAACCAAUGAUGGCCGUCAAAGUUUUGCAUGCUAUGCACCGAGCUGGAGUUGAACAAAAUGCUGUAACUUAUGGAAUCUAUCAUCGAGCUGUUAUAAAUGCUCAGUGGCCAUCUGAAGCAAGACAGAAGGCUAUCCAUGCCUGGGGAAAAUUGAGACUUGUUCUGCUGGCCGUAAGACAUUUAAAGAAGGACAGAAUGGUUUGUAUUGCUCAAGCAAGAAAGACUUCUGUGGAUGGCCAGUCUUUGAAAAGCAUAGAAACUGCUUUGGAUUCUGUGGAGAACGUCCCAUAUACGAUAUCCUAUGAGCCGCUAGAUAAGCUUGACGGUGAAGGCUCUAUCGAACUAAACGACGAAACUGGUUCGACUACUCAAAACAUUUCUGAUCCACUCAGUGGAACUUCUGAUAAAGAUCCUCUAGGAGCAUUAUCGAGCAAAGCUGAGGAGGAAAAGGCUGUACAAGCCACUAUGAGUCCCAGUAGAGCUAAAUUCUUGGCUGAGCAUGCUUCCACCCCAUUUGCCAAUGAUGAAACACCCAAAAGCACAUCGAAGACGGGACGAUCCGGAAGUUGGUUCAAAGGGAUCACAAGCAGUCCUAUGCUGAUGAAAAUAAUGAGAAGUCAAACUUUCGAGAGUCCCAAAUCCUUGGAUGGCGCAUCAGCUGAAAGUUCAUCUCUCUCUGUGAGUCCUAGUCUUCAUGCUAUCGUCAGUCACGUGAAAAGAGGAUAUGAUGAUGUUAUCAAAGAAGGUGUUUCUUCCAAGUUCAAGUUGGGUGUGUCAUCUCUGGUUCAUGAAGUUCGUAGUCUUAAUAGCAGUUCGCUGUUUGGAGAUGAUCAUACUGAGGUAGCUCAGAACGAUGUAGAUGUAGCAGACCCAGCUUUUCAAUUGGAUUCUGGAAUCAGUGGAGCACUGCUGUCAGAAAACUGGUGGCUAUCAGAGGUUUAUUUACAAAUGAAAAGACAAGAAGAAAGAACGAAAGCGAAGGAUUCGAACAAAUCUCCUAUCUUGACCUCAGAUGUACCUAUCGACAUUUUAGAAGUAACUCUGUGUACAAGCUCUGCGUGCAGUAUGUGUAAAAGAAUAGUUUAUGACGAAGAAAUAAUGGGUGGUUGGAAGGUUGAUGAUCAGAACAUGAACACCACUUGUCCAUACUGUUACGAGAAAGAUCCUGGGAACAGUGAGUUCGCUCCCCGUCUGUCGAUUGAAUUUGUUUGGAAAACAUCCCCAGAAGGAAGUUGGUAUCAACCAGGAGGGUUGAAAGCUGAUGUGGAGUCCAAUCUCGAAAGUCCAACAGCGCACAAAAUUGACUCAAUGUCUGUUGCUUUCGUUAGUCCUUUGGUACUGCGAAGAGAGUUAGAAACAUUGUUAGCUUCUGACAUACAAGCGCUCAAAAAUAAAGAUCUUAUGAACAGCCAUCCAGUUGUAUUCUGGAACUUCGUUUACUAUAUGCGUCGAUUGAAUUUGCCUUCUCAUAUGUUCAAUUGGAUUGCACCUCGUCAUCAUGUCCGCUGUGUUUAUGACAGACCAUGGCAACACACAGAUAUAACACCUCUAUAUUUUGCAAACUCCAAUCAUAGAUUCGGAGAAGGAAAGGUGAAUGCGAGAACCAAUGAAGUCUGGCAGAAUGUUGUGAAAUCCGUUCAGGAGAAUAAACUGUUCAGUGCCUUACAAAUACUAAUCAACAACUAUAGAGUUACUCAAAACGGACGUGUAAUAAUUGCAGCUCAUUUCCCUGUGUUCCGAGAUGUUCUGUUCGCCAGUUUAGACUACUUCGGUCGUGGAUUGUUGCGGGAUAACCUAGAUGUUCAAUAUCCUCAUGAAUUCGAGCAUCUACCGGUGAGGAUUCGGAAUCUGUUGCCUUUCUAUGAUUUGCCUCAAAAACCAGUUCUUCGAGCAUGUAGAAAAAUAUUUAUGCCUUUAGAUCUCAUAUAG